AUGCACACAUCCGGUCAUGGAAGUGGCUCGAUGGCGGCGGCCUGCAACCUCGGUCGUGGUGGUGGCUCGGCCUCAGGCGCGGAUUCUGCGGGCCGAACCCUAGGUCGUGGAAGCAGAUCAGCGUCGGCGGCGGCGUCCCGCCCUAUCUUUGGUGGUCUCGGGUACAGCGCAGCGAUGGCUCCAUCCUCCAUUGAUGGAUCUGGCGGAGCUGCCUUCCUCGGCCCGGCGACAGCUCCAUCAUUGGAUGUUGAAGUAUCUGCGUUGGAUGUGGCAGUGGCAGCCCCGGCCCGUACCCUCGGUCGCGGUGGCUUCUCAGCGCCGACGGCUCUCUCUCUCGGUCGUGGUGGCGGCUCGGCGCUGACGGCCCGCUCUCUCGGACGUGGCGGCAGCUCAGCAGCAGCAGGGACCCACCCAACCACCGGUGGUGUCGGCAAGGGCGCGACGACAGCGCCAUCCUCCAUUGAUGGAUCCAGCGUUGGUGGCUUCCCCAGCAUAGAUGGAUUUUCGUUCCCUCAUUCACCGGCUCAAGCCUGGUUUGAUGCGGCCGACAGUGAUCCCUCUUCUCCUGUAUCAUGGGACAAAGAUCCACGUCCAUCUGGUGGUUUCAUGAGCUACUUCGGAAAUCAGCCACACAACUUUCAUUUGGUUGGUGCGCCUAUUCACAACAGCCCUUUGAAUAGACCACUGUCCACCAACAAUGAUGCAAGUUCACAGCCUGAAAUAGAAAUAUUACUUGACAAUGACAAUGUUAGGACUGAGAAGAGGAUCCUAUGGACAGAGGAAGAGGAUCUUAGAUUGAUGAGCGCUUGGAUAGAACAUUCAAUAGACUCUACUUGUGGAGCCGAUAAGGGUGGUAACCAGUAUUGGGGUGAGGUUGUUGAAUCCUACAACAAGACUACCCCACCACUUCGAAAGAGAAAUCUGAAGCAAUGCAAGGAUAGAUGGCACAAGAUUAAUAGGUGGACGGACCUCUUUGAAUGUGCUUAUGUAAAGGCUCGCAGAGUAUUUACAAGUGGAUAUUCUGAUCAAACGUGGAUUGAUGCAGCCUACAAGUUCUAUGUGGAGGACAACAAAGAUGCAAAACUAGGACCCUUUGUUGGGAUUGAGAAGGCAGCCAAAAAGGCAGCUCUAGCUGCAAAAGGCAAGUCAAAAGGCUCCAGCAGUGAAGAUGAUGGUAACUCAAAGGAAUUUGCUAUUGAUCUAGACAAAUUAGGCAAAUUCCAGGAGGAAACAAAUGCAAACCGUAUGAAGAUAUUGGAACUGCAGCAGAAGCUAUCAUCUGAGAAGCUUGAGACCACAAAACUUGCCCACCUUACUGCACAAGAGACCAAAAAGGGAAAGAUGCUUGAGAAAGAAUCAAAGAUGAUGGAGGCUUAUAACAGCCUCAUCUUACAAGAUACAAGUUCAAUGUCCGAUGUGGAAAAGGCAGAGCGAGUUGCUGCCAUGAAGUGUCUUAGGAAGGCAAUUUUUCCUGAAAGUGACUGA